AAUCCAUGGUCUGGAAGCUUGAGAGUAGAGUCGGUUAAGUGAGUCGGUAAAGUACUUCUGUGUUCUCUUAGCUUCUUCGACUGCAGCAACAUGAAGCUGACUGCAACACUUGCUUUAUGCCAUUUACUUUCUUCAGGAAAGAGUACUGCCUGAUUCAGAAAGGCAUUCUCAGAAACAUGUGGAAUGAUAUUGAGUUGCUAAACAGUGAUGAUACAGGAAGUGGAUACCUAAGCGUUGGUUUAAGAAAAGAAAAUGAGACUGCUUUGUAUCAAGUAGAUUUGCUUGUGAAGAUCUCCUCUGAAAAGGCCUCAUUAAAUCCAAAGAUACAAGCAGGCAGCUUAAGUGAUGGCUUUAUAAUUAUAGCUGACCAAUCAGUGAUACUCCUUGACAGUAUUUGCAAAUCACUUCAAUUACAUCUUAUAUUUGAUACUGAAGUGGAUGUAGUUGGCCUGUGUCAAGAAGGAAAAUUUCUUUUCGUUGGGGAGAGAAGUGGUAACUUACAUCUUAUUCAUGUAACAUCAAAGCAAACCUUAUUCACUAAUGCUUUUGUUGAGAAGGCUAAUGAUGAGUAUCAGUGUACUUACCGGAAUCUCAUUAUUGACAAAGAUGGUUCAAAUGAAGGUACUUAUUAUAUGUUACUUCUUACAAACAAUGGAUUUUUUUAUAUUACAAACCUUCAGCUUUUAAAAAUUGAUCAAGCAAUUGAGAACAAAGACUUGAAUACAGCCAAGAAGCUACAAGGACAGCUCAAAUCUAGUUUUAUUUGUACUGAAAAUUAUCAUUGUCUUGGUUGUCUCAAUCUUGUGACUGGAGAAUUUGCAAGUGGAACUACUAUGAUAAUUGGGGGAAUUGGUAAUUCUACAAUUUCAAAAUGGGAACAAGAUUCUACCAGAAAAGAAAUGACAAUUAAGAACCUUGUUGAUGCAGAGAUCAUCAAAGGUGCAAAGAAGUUUCAGCUGAUUGACAAUCUGCUUUUUGUGCUUGAUACUGAUCAUGUGCUCAGUAUGUGGGAUAUUUGCACUCUCAGUCCUGUGUGGAACUGGCCUUCUCUUCACAUAGAGGACUUUCUUCUUACUACAGAAGUAGAUUCUCCUUCGUCACUCACCGGGCAAGGAAUUACAAAUCUUAAAUUGGUAGUGUUGACAACUACAACUAAUAAGAAGAUGAAAAACCUCAUGGUAUAUUCAUUGCCGACAAUGGAAAUGCUCUAUUCUUUGGAAGUGUCUAGUAUUUCUUCUCUGGGUCAAAUAGGAAUUAGCACAGAUACUUUAUACCUUCUGGAAGGAAUUUGCAAAAAUGAUCCUAACCUGUCUGAAGACUCUGUCUCUGUUUUAGUACUUAGAUACCUUACAGAAGCUUUACCAGAAAACAGAUUGAGUCGAUUACUUCACAAACAUAGAUUUGCAGAAGCUGAGAGCUUUGCCAUUCAGUUUGGACUAGAUGUUGAGCUUGUUUACCAAGUAAAAGCAAAUGACAUAUUGGAGAAGCUAGCUUUGAUUUCUGUGGAGACCACUGAGCAGACCAGGUGGCAUCAGCUUGUAGAGGAAGCUAAGGAAAAUCUACAUAAAAUCCAGGAUGAUGAAUUCGUAGUGAAUUAUUGCCUCAUGGCUCAGUGGAUAACCUACGAGACAACCCAUGAGAUGCUUAGUUAUGCCAAAGCCAGGCUUUUGAAAAAAGAAGAUAAAUCUACUCCUGCUUAUUCUGAUGGCUUGAUGGAGGUACUAAGGGCUCAUGAAAAGCUGACUACUUUUUAUGGGGCAUUUGGACCAGAAAAGUUUAGUGGUAGUUCAUGGAUUGAAUUCCUGAGCAAUGAAGAUGAUCUUAGAGAUAUUUUUUUACAGCUAAGAGAAGGAAACCUUGUUUGUGCACAGUAUCUUUGGCUUAGAAAUCGGGCCAACUUUCAAAGUAAAUUUGAUGUGAAUAUGCUUGAGAACUUGCUCAACUCAAUUUCUACACCAUUCUCUUUGCAAACACUUUGUCCAUGGUUUCAAAAUGAUGUGAUACCAUAUGUGAGAAGGAUUGUACCUGAGGGACAGAACAUUCUUGCAAAAUGGUUGGAGCAAGCAUCCCGAAACUUGGAAUUCACUGAUAAGGCACACUGGCCAGAAAAUGGACUUCAGCUGGCAGAGAUAUUUUUCACAGCAGAAAAAACAGAUGAGUUAGGAUUUGCAUCUUCUGGGCACUGGAUUUCUAUGGAUUAUCAAAACAUAAAGGAAGUAUGCCAGUUAAAGACUUUAGUAAAUAAUUUGCAAGAGUUGGUCACAUUGCAUAGGAAAUACAACUGCAAAUUGGCCCUUUCUGAUUUUGAGAAGGAAAAUACAACCACCAUAGUAUUCCGGAUGUUUGAUAGGGUCUUAGCUCCAGAGCUGAUUCCCUCUGCACUCGAGAAGUAUAUAAGGGUUUAUAUGCAGGAACAUGACUUUCAAGAGGAGGAACUUCUCUUGCUAUAUAUAGAGGAUUUACUAAGGAGAUGCAGCUCUAAGUUCACGUCACUUUUUGAAACUGCAUGGGAAGCAAAGGCCAUUGCAGUGAUAGGAUGCCUCUCUGACACGGAUCACAUCUUUGAUGCUGUGCUUAAGAUAAUGCACAAGGCAGUAGUUCCCUGGAGUGCAGCUGUGGAGCAGCUGGUGAAACAGCACCUGGAAAUGGACCAUCCCAAAGUCAAGUUAUUACAAGAAAGUUACAAACUAAUGGAGAUGAAGAAACUUUUACGAGGUUAUGGAAUAAGAGAAGUGAAUCUCUUAAACAAGGAAAUAAUGAGAGUGGUCAGAUACAUUCUUAAACAAGAUGUCCCAUCUUCUUUAGAAGAUGCCUUGAAGGUGGCCCAAGUGUAUAUGCUGCCUGAUGAUGAAAUCUACAGUCUAAGAAUUAUUGAUCUGAUUGACAGAGAACAGGGGGAAAACUGUCUCCUGCUGCUGAGGUCUGUGCCUCCUACUGAAGCUGAGAAAACUGCGGAGAGAGUCAUCAUCUGGGCUCGACUGGCAUUGCAAGAAGAGCCAGAACACUCUCAAGAGGACAAGUCCUGGAGAGUGUCUGUGGCAAAGACAUCAGUCAACAUUCUUAAAAUACUCUGUGAUACUCAGAAAGGCAAUCUCCAGAAGAAGAAUGAAUAUGAAGAAAUGUUGAAACAAUUUAAAGUGGUUGCUAGUUUACAGGAGAACUUUGAGGUCUUUCUUCCAUUUGAAGAUUACAGCAACAGUGCCCUGGUGGAAGGUCUCCGAGAACAGUACAUUAAAGCACAUGAAGAUGUGCAGGCCAAGCACAAAGCCAGGGCCACCCCCGGCCCCACCACAGCCAAGGAGACAGGCCUGAGCACCCAAUCAAAGCUACACAGACAGGCAGUAGCCCUGCAGAUGUCUGCACAGGAGCUGGAGGCAGCGCUGGCCUUGAGAGCCUUGAAAGACGGGAAGGUUGGAGUAGCACUAAAUAGAUGCAGAGACUUGUUUAACUACCACUGCAAUGCCAGUGUGGGGCAGUUCCUGUUUCUUGUGUGUCAGAAGCUGUGUCAGAUGUUGGCUAAUGACAUCCCAGUCACAGCACCUGUGGGACUAAAUCUUCCUUCUGAGAUACAUGAUCUCGCAUGCAAAGCUGCCACCAUCUGCAGUCCAGAUUUCUUAUUGGAUGCUUUAGAGCUCUGUAAAUGCACUCUAACUGCAGUGGAGCUUUCCAGACAGUGCCAGAUGGAUGACUAUGGACUCCUAAUGAAAACCUCUUUUGGAGCUCACAAGGAUCCCUAUGAAGAGUGGUCUUACAGUGACUUCUUCAAUGAAGAUGGAAUUGUUCUUGAGUCACAGGUGGUGUUGCCAAUCAUUUAUGAGUUAAUUUCAUCACUGGUGCCCCUCACAGAAAGCAAAAGACAUCCUUUGGAUUCCACAAGUUUGCCAUACUGUUCCAUGUGUGAAGGAAAGAGCCUUAUCUCACCCAUUAUAACCUCCACCUCUGCCUUGCUUCAGAACCUUCAAGAAUCUAGCCAGGGGGAGCUAGCCCUACGAUUUGUAGUCGCUUCCUUUGGUGCUUUUGUCCAGCACUCUGUGUCAAACACCAUGAAUGUCAGUUUGAGUGAAAAGUUACUUGGGGAAGCCACAUUGAUUAACUCAAGACAUACUGUUAUGGAAUUGAAAGAAAAAUCCAUCAUGUUUAUCAGAGGGAAUGCCUCAACACUCUUGAAUAAAGUAUUUAAUUGUCGCCUGGUGGAUCUGGACCUGGCCUUGGGUUACUGCACUCUCAUACCUCAAAAAGAUGUGUUUGAAAACCUCUGGAAGCUCAUAGAUAAAGCCUGGCAAAAUUACGACAAAAUUUUGGCACUAUCUUUAGUGGGUUCUCAGCUGGCAGCUCUCUAUCGGGAAACUGAAAUAGGGCUUCAGUUCCAUGAACUCAGUAUAGAUGCCCAGUGGGGUAUUCGUCUUGGUAAACUUGGAAUUUCUUUUCAGCCUGCUUUCAGACAAAAUUUUCUCACCAAGAAAGAGCUCAUUAAAGCCCUUGUGAAGAACAUAGAUAUGGACACAAGCCUCAUUCUGGAAUAUUGCAGCACAUUUCAGUUGGACUGUAAUGCAGCUCUUCAGCUAUUCAUUGAAACACUGCUUCACAACACUAAUAACCAAAGCCAGGGAGAUCUGCCACUGAUGUCUUCAAAGCAGCAGCAUUCCAAACUCCUGGAUAAAGCCAUUGAGAUGGUUCCUUUACUGACAAGCACAAAAGAUUUGGUCAUCAGUCUCAGUGGUAUACUUUAUAAGUUGGACCCCUAUGAUUAUGAAAUGAUUGAAGUUGUCCUGAAGGUUAUAGAAAGAGCUGAUGAAAAGAUAACCAAUGUUAAUAUUAAUCAGGCAUUGAAUCUUCUGAAACACUUGAAGUCAUACAGAAGAAUUUCCCCCCCAGUGGACCUAGAAUACCAAUAUAUGUUGGAGCACAAGAUAACUCUGCCAUCUGCUGCACAGACUCGACUGCCUUUUCACCUAAUAUUAUUUGGCACAGCACAGAACUUCUGGAAAAUUAUCUCCUCAGAGCUCAGUGAAGAGUCACUCCCCACCCUGCUUUUAAUCUCCAAGUUAAUGAAGUUCUCUCUAGAUACUCUCUACGUGUCUACAGCCAAACAUGUUUUUGAAAAAAAUCUGAGGCCAAAGCUCCUGAAAUUAACAGAGACGAAGCCCUCAGCACUGAUGACUAAGGAGGUAGUUAAGCUCACACAAACUGUCAAGUCAUACCUCCUGUCUAUCGUCAACCCCGAGUGGGCCGUUGCCACCGCCAUCACUCUCACCCAGGAAAUCCCAGAAGGCCCCUUCAAGAUGGCUAGUUUGAAGUUCUGCCUGUAUUUAGCUGAGAGAUGGCUACAGAACAUCCCACCACAGGAUGAAACAUGUGAAAAAGCCCAGGCUUUGCUGAAGAAGCUUCACCUCCAGUUCCGGCGCUCGGGCACGGAAGCCGUGCUCAUCGCCCACAAGCUGAACACUGCGGAGCAUUUAAGAGCCAUAGGAAAGCCAGCCCAUCUCAUUGUCAGCCUCUACGAGCACCCCAGCAUAAGUGAAAGAAUGCAGACUAACUCUGGCAAGGACUUUCCUGAUAUUCACACAGCAGCUAAAGAAAUAGCCGAAGUCAAUGAAAUUAAUUUGGAAAAAAUCUGGGACAUGUUGUUGGAAAAAUGGCUGUGCCCCUCGGCAAUGCCUGGUGAGAAAACAUCAAAAUUAUUUGAACUUCAAGAAGAUGAAACACUGAGAAGAGUGGUGUAUCUCCUACUGUCUCGUCCAAUUGAUUAUAGUUCAAGGAUGCUGUUUGUAUUUGCAACCUCAACGACAAGUCCAUUGGGCAUACAUCAGUUAACUUUUGCCCACAAAGCAAGAGCUCUUCAGUGCCUCCUGUAUUUGGCUGACAAGGAGACUAUAGAAUCUCUGUUCAAAAAGCCCAUCCAAGAAGUGAAAUCCUAUUGGAAAUGUUUAAAUUUUCUGGCAUCGUUUGAGACAUUAAACAUCCCCAUCACAUUCGAAUUAUUUUGCAGCAGUCCUAAAGAAGGAAUGAUUAAGGACUUGUGGAAAAACCACAGGCAUGAACCUAUGGCAGUAAAAUUGGUGGCAGAACUUUGUUUAGAAUACAAAAUCUAUAACCUGCAGCUUUGGAAUGGACUCUUGCAGAAGCUUCUUGGCUUCAACAUGAUUACCUAUCUAAGGAAAGUUUUAACAGCUAUUUCUAGUGUCCAUUCAUUAUGGCAGGUUCCCUAUUUCAGCAAAGCUUGGCAGCAUGUCGUCCAGAUGCCUCUACUCUCAGCCUCCUGUCCUUUAAGUUCCAGUCAGUUAUCAGAUUGUUGUGAGAGUCUCAUCGCUGUCCUAGAAUGUCCAGUUUCCGAUGAUCUUGACAUGGUGGGAGUUGCCAGACAGUUCAUCCAGUUAGAGCUCCCAGCAUUUGCACUAGCUUGUCUAAUGCUCAUGCCCCAUUCAGAGAAAAAGCACCAACAAAUUAAGAAUUUUCUGUUUUCAUGCAAUGCUCAGAUCAUUUUGCAGCAAUUAGAAGAACAUAUGAAUACUGGCCCACUAGCAGGAUUUUCACAUCAAAUUAGAAGUCUGAUUCUGAAUAAUGUCAUAAGUAAGAAGGAGUUUGGGAUUUUGGCAAAGACAAAGUACUUUCAGGUGUUGAAAUUGCAUGCAAUAAAUGCCAACAACAUCACUGAACUGGUAAACUACUUGGCAAGUGACUUAAGUUUAGAUGAAGCAUCAGCCUUGAUAACUGAAUAUUCGAAGCAUUGUGGGAAACCUGUGCCACCAGAUGCAGCUCCCUCUGAAGUCCUGCAGAUGUUUCUUAAUGGAUCCUAGUAAACAUUGAACCAAGCUUGGAGCCUACUACUAACUGGCCAUAUGUAUUAGUUUGUAAACUGUGCAGUCCAUACGUCAUGCUGUUUGUCAAAUGUUAUCCCACAAAGAAUUGAAAACAUUCACUAUUAAUAUAAUUGCCCCCUAAAGAACUCAUAUCCUAAAUUAAAACUUCUUUGUCAGUUCA